CCACAAUCUCACAAUGGGGUUGUUAGAUACGUUGAACAAGAACAAAUCCAAACGGGAGAAACAGCUUAAUAUACAGAAGAAGAGGGAUAUAUGCAGGAAGACUGGAUAUCUCAAGAAGAAGCAAAUCUGUAAGCUAAAGCAUAAUAAUAUCACCAAGAAAAGAGAAGCAAAGGAGAUUUAUAAAUCAUUGAGCUCAGGGCCAAGCAAGCCACAUCCAAAUACUUCAGUCACCAACGGCAUGGAUUUUAAAGGUGUCAUGCUAGCAGGGAAGUAUGAUGGCAGCCAGAAUAUUGACGGAUGGUACAUGAGCGAGAAAUUAGAUGGUUUAAGAUGUUAUUUUGAUGGCAAGACUUUUAGGACGCGGAAUGGGAAUUUAUUCAACCCGCCACCUGAAUUCAGAGAAAAUUUUCCUGAAGGAGUACACCUUGAUGGAGAGCUUUGGAUUGGCAGAAAUCGAUUUCAUGAAUGCCACUCUGUAGUACGGGCUCAAACUGCUGAUAAAGGAUGGUAUAAGGUAAAAUAUCUAAUAUUUGAUGCUCCUCAGCAUCCUGGCACAUUUAAGCAAAGACUGGAAUAUCUCAAAGACCUCCUGCAAAACAUUGAUGAUGGUUAUCUCACUCUCCACGAGCACAAAAUCUGUGUAAACGCUGCAGAGGUUCAACUUGAGAUGGAAAAAAUUAGAAAGUUAGGCGGAGAAGGUCUUAUCCUUCGAGACCCAGAUUCUUUCUAUGAAUUUUCCAAACGAUCCAACUUUAUGCUUAAAGUAAAAGACUUCCACGAUGAUGAAGCAACUAUCAUAGACUACGAGAACGGGACUGGGAAGUACAAAGACCUCAUGGGUGCUGUCAUCGUCCAGAACAAGUACGGCAUUAAGUUCAAAGUCGGAAGUGGAUUCUCCGACGAACAACGGAAAGAGAAGAUCCAAAUCGGCCGUAAGAUAACCUACAAAUAUGCUGAGCUGACUAAAAAGGCGUUCCUCGAUUUCCUAUUUUUUGAGGUAUUAUGAAGAAGUCUAAUUCAUCUGUAA